CCUAUAAAAGCACACCGCCACAACGGUUCAUUCGUGCAGAGUAACGUCUAUAGUUCGUGCGAUUAGAAGAACAAACUGAAGUAGACUGUGAACCAACAACCGGGCCCAGCAUUCAGAACGAUUUGUUUGGUGACGAGAGCGAUCAAAAACAAAGCGUGAAAAUCAGCUUUAUUACACCAUUCCGUGCUGCUGCUGUUGGUGUGUUUCCUACUGCAAUCAAAGCUAUUUCAAAUUAGCGCCCUUCGAGUUGUUUUUACGGCUUCUGUGUUUUCUGCUCGCUUGACGAUCAACCGCCAGAUCAACCGCAAAAAAUAUAAAAAGCUUUGCUCGGAUGUUUAGCGUGCGGCUGUGAUAAAAAAGAAACAACAGUACGAUACAGCAAUUCGUCGUCGUGCACAGGUGUGUGAGGUGUGUUACCUUCCAUCGACAACGGUCGUGAACCAAGGGUGUGAAGCCGUCGCUAAACAACCGUAACUGACAAGCCUCCGUACGGUUAGCUUGCUGCUAGUGUUGAUCGGAAGGUCGGAACUACCUUUAUAUUCACACAAAAUGUACACGGUCACCUCAGUCAGGAGGUUGGUGGUGAUGGCCAUGCUGGUCGUACUGGUGACGCUACUACAGUGUCCCACACCCUGCCAAUCGUCACCGGUCAUGCUCGACAAGCUGUUCGGAUUUGCCGCCUAUCAACCGACCUACUCCGGCGGCGGUUACGGUGGCAACCAGUACGGUUACUAUGGUGGAGGCGGUGGUAGCAGCAGCACCGGCACCGGGUACGGUGGUCAUCACCGUGCAACGGCCACCUCCGGUCACAAGCGGCAGGCGAAGGGACGCGACUACAAGGACAUCUGCCGGGUGGUGAACCCGGCACCGUACGCCCUGCCCGGGAGGGCACCGUACCCAGCGGCACCAUUCUGCCCAUACUAGCGUAUUAGAUUAGGAGUUUGGUUUGAUUAGGAUUAGAUAAGAUAGUUUAUAAAGCCGGAACGAACCAAGUUUACCUGUGGGGACCAAGGCAGGGUAGGCAAAGCUAGAUGUACUUACGGCCCCCUUCCAAAACGCCCAACUCGCAACCGCAAGAUGUCGUUAAAGGAUGAAGCAUUUUAACUGCUACACUUGUGCGAACAAAGUAUGCGAAUCUUUUGUUGUUUACAGCUAAAGCACUCUUUGCAAUAAACAGUGGCAGAUAUUAUUGAACUUUAUGUUUCAGAGAAAUACAAAGUAACUCAAGAAUGAAGCUUAGCUUUUGAAAGAAACCAUUUUUUCAAGGUUAAUGAAGACGGGGCAUUACGAAAUGUUACUAACGAUAAAUUAAAUC